CAAAAAAGAAGUACGAGAAGAAAGAUUUACAGAGAUCAUUGCGUGCCCGAGAAAAAAAAACCCGCUAAUACUACUAGGAAUAUGUUUAACUUCCUGCUAAUCCUGUUAAGUUCCUGCUAAUACGGCUAAUCCUGGUAAGUUUUCGCUUAAUACGGCUAAACCUAUUAAGUUUCCCAUUAGUGAAAUGACGUUUAUGAAUUUCCUGCUAAUCCUAGUAAGUUCCUACUAAGUACUUAUCAGGAUUAAACGAAUUACUUAGUAAGUUUCUAGUAAGUUUUCAAAAAUAAAACAGGUAUAAAAAAUCGUCUUUGUUAUACGCCAUCUUUUAUUUAUUCACACAGAAAACAAGUCAGCCAUAAAACAGCUUUUUUAGAUUCAAUAGUUUUACUAAUUAAUAUUUGUAAUUCUAUAAGGAAAAAGCUCAAGAACAUCUGGUGAUGAUUGCGUGGUUUGCAGUUUAUUUGAUGAGUAUUUGUUAAUGUGUUAUAAUAUGGUUUUAAAUGUUAAUUUUAACUCUAUAUAAAUUCGAGCAUUUUCUGUUGUAUCAAUUCGAGCAUUUUCUGAUUCAUAGUGAUAUUUCCAUCUCAAACCAUGUACAAUCAAUUAGCUUCAGGUUGGUAAUGCCAACGCAAAAGCCAACCUAUUUUUGCUUCACGCCGGCAUGCAACUGCUGACCUAAAUCUUUGUAACAAGUAGCAAAAGUAAUUUUUUUGUCCACCUGACAAAUAUUUAUUAUUUUGAUAAAUAAAAAAAUGAUAAUUUUGAAAUAGACAAAAUAAAAAAAUAAAAACUAAGAAAAAUUUAAGAAGAUUUUUUCUUAUAUAAAAAGAUUUUCAUCAAAGUCUUUUAGAUCUUUUUAGUCUAAUAGACUCCAUAAAAUUGCCACAUUUUUUUCGACGGAAGCCAAAAAAUUUGAAUAAUGAACUUGUUAAGUGGAAAGCUCAAGAGCACAAGUAUUUUCUAUUGUAUUAUGGGCCAUUUGUGUUUUACAAACUUGGUAAUGCUGAAAUUUGUUCUCUUUAUUUAAUGCUUUCAACAUCUAUUUAUACAUUAUCCAAUGAAAUUGUUUCAUCAAAUGAUAUUGAUGCUUGUCAGCAACUAAUUUAUUUAUUUCAAAAGGCAUUAUGCUCCUAUUUCGGUGAAGGUAUUCGCACAUUCACUUUUGAUGCAUUAGCGCAUCUCUCUGACCAGAUAAAAAAUUUUGGACCUCUUACAGCAAAGUCUGCUAUGGUGUUUGAAAAUGUAAAUCGCCAACUAAAGAGGUUUGUUACAGGAACUAAAGGCCAUGGAAGGCAAAUGGCUGAAAAAUUUAUUAGAUUUCAGACAGAAGACCACUUAAAUACUUUUUCUUUGAAUCCUUUUGUGUUAGGUGCAGCACAAAAUAUAUCAGAUAAGUUACGGAAUAUGGAUUUGAAUGAUUUAAAUGUUGACCUAAAUCUUUAUCAGUUUUAUAACCGUUUUAGAGUUGCUGAUAGAACUUUUCAUGCUUAUCAUUAUGGUAAAAAAUUAAAAUCAGCUUCAUAUUAUGCAUAUUUAAUAGAAUUUAAUGUGAUUGUGAAAGUUUUGUUUAUUGCACAUAACCAAAGACAAAUCUUGUGUAUAUGUCGAUUGUAUAAAAAUGUAAGUAAGUUUCAUCGUCAUAUGGAUUCUUUUAAUAUUCCUAUCAAAAUCAAGCAUGUUUUGUCAAAAAUAUCUCCUUAUUUAUUGUUGAAAAAGUGUGGAUUAGCUGUUUUUGAUUCAAGCAAAUUUACUCACUACGCUCUUGUAAAAAAAACAAAGAAAUUUUAUUAUAGUGUUGUUAUUCAAAAUAAUUAUGAACAUGAUUAGGUUUUGUUUCUAUUUUUUAAA